AUUGGUCUUCACCAAAGAGGCGGGGCCUGUUUCCAGGAAGUCAGUGUCGAAACAUUCACAACCCGGGCCUCGUUCGCUAUUUGUAACAAACGGUUUACUGUUCCCCAAUUAAAUCCAUAUCAAGCAAAUAUGGGUGACGACGAGGAGAAAUAUGACGGGAUGUUGAUGGUUAUGGCACAACAGCACGAAGGUGGAGUACACGAGUUAGUAAAUACAUUUUUCAGCUUCCUGCGGCGCAAAACCGACUUUUUCACCGGUGGCGAAGCAGGUGCAGGAGAAAAGCUAGUGAAGGAUGCUUUCGCCCACCAUAGCAAGCUUGCGCUGGAGGCCCAUAAGGAAAAGCUGAAGAAACAAGAAAAGGAAAAGAAGGACAAAGCCAAAAGAGCUGCCCAGCUAGUAGAAGAAGAGCAGCAGAAGAAGAAAAAAAGCGAAGACGGACCCAGGAUUCAAGAACUCACUGAAGAAGAAGCAGAGAAACUUCAGACUGAACUGGACAAGAAGAAGAAGAAAGAAGACGACACAAAGGGGAACGAAACUGAGAAAGUUGACAAACCAUCGGAGGAAGCAGAAAAAGAGAAGGGGUCUGACACAGAAGGUGAGGAGGAUGAGAAAGACAAAGAUAAACUGAAGCCAAAUGCAGGAAAUGGAGCUGACCUGCCCAACUACAAGUGGACACAGACACUGUCCGAAGUUGAUCUGACGGUGCCUUUCGACGUCAAGUUCCGCAUCAAAGGCAGAGACGUAGUGGUGGACAUCCAGCGGCGCUCCCUCAAGGUGGGCUUGAAAGGACACCCUCCCAUUAUCGAGGGGCAGCUCUACAACGAGGUCAAAGUAGAAGAAAGCUCCUGGUUGCUGGACGACGGAAAAGUGGUCAUAAUCCACUUGGAGAAGAUUAACAAAAUGGAGUGGUGGAGCAAAAUUGUCGCCACAGAUCCUGAAAUAAACACCAAGAAAGUCUGUCCAGAGAACUCAAAGCUGUCAGACCUGGAUGGCGAAACACGUGGCAUGGUGGAGAAAAUGAUGUUUGACCAACGGCAAAAGUCCAUGGGUCUGCCUACAUCUGAAGAGCAGAAGAAACAGGACAUCCUUAAAAAGUUCAUGUCUCAGCAUCCGGAGAUGGACUUCUCCAAAGCAAAAUUCAGCUGAGAAGUGCUGGGUGUGUGCACCACGUUGCCUGCAAUACAUGCACCUACCCUCCCAACCCUAAGGUUUUAAUUAUUUCGUCUCCCUUUGCUCGUCAUUAAAUGUUAGUUGUUUUUGUUUUUUAAAUAAAUCAAAGCGAUGAGGUGA